AUGUUUGCAGCAACAACGUCAAUCCUACCCCUACUACGAGCAACAUCGCAGAGACCUCUGCUGACACGCCGCACACCCAUGACAGUCCGCACCUUCACCUCAACACAACUCCGCAGCCUCGCAGCACCACAAUCAACACAAGAAGAAGAACUGAACGAAGCCCAACGAUACCUUGCGAACAAAUCGGCAUAUAAAGCCGCUCGAGCAUCCAACCCGACAGGUGCUUCAGCGAGACAUGCCUCGCUCUACAGCCAUAUCUUUCCAGCGCUGCUUCGCAUAUUAGCCUAUGGCAGCAGUGCCUACUUCGGUCUACAUUUGCUAUGGAACGUAUUGGAUAGAGAUGAACAGACGAAGCUGAUGAACGCGCAUACAGCUGGUUUGGAAAGCACGGCGAGAAGCAUUGCUGAGAAGGUCGAACAGGCGCAAGCCAAGGUGUCUGACGCAGGGUCGAAAGUGGUGUCAGAGGUAAAAGACGGACAGAAGGAGGGUAAGAAGAGUUGGUGGCCCUUCUGA